CCGCGUCUCCAUGGCAACGGCGGACGCGGCGGUGCGGGCGGCGGGGACCUACCGGCUGGAGACGCGCUGGUGGCGGCGAGGACCGAGACCGGGGCGAGGGCAUGUCGGACUUGGGCUCGGAGGAGUUGGAGGAGGAGGGAGAGAAUGACCUUGGGGAGUACGAGGGGGAGCGGAAUGAGGCGGGUGAACGGCAUGGACAUGGGAAAGCAAGACUGCCUAAUGGGGACACGUAUGAAGGGAACUACGAACAUGGGAAAAGACAUGGCCAGGGUGUCUACAAGUUUAAAAAUGGUGCUCGGUACAUGGGAGAAUACGUUCAAAAUAAAAAGCAUGGUCACGGCACUUUCAUAUACCCAGAUGGCUCAAGAUACGAAGGGCCCACUUUUGUGUCGUCCCUUCCAGGGGAGUGGGCAGAUGACCAAAGGCACGGUUACGGCGUCUACUACUACAUCAAUAAUGACACCUACACUGGGGAGUGGUUUGCUCACCAAAGGCACGGGCAAGGCACCUAUUUCUACGCAGAGACGGGCAGUAAGUACAUAGGUACCUGGGUGAAUGGACAGCAAGAAGGUGCGGCCGAACUCAUUCACCUGAACCACAGGUACCAGGGCAAGUUCUUCAACAAAAACCCUGUCGGCCCUGGAAAGUACGUGUUUGAUAUCGGAUGUGAGCAGCACGGGGAGUACCGUUUGACAGAUGUGGAAAGAGGAGAAGAGGAAGAGGAGGAGGAGACGACAAUGAUGACCGUGGUUCCGAGGUGGAAAGCCACCAAAAUCACAGAGCUGGCUCUGUGGACCCCGACCCUCCCUGAGGAGCAGCCCCCUGCGGACGGGCCUGGUGCAGAAGAGGCUCUGGAAACCGAAGGCGGCGGGGAGCCCUCAGAGGAGGGCCAGGCUCUGGCCGAUGGUUCCGAGGGGGAGACCGACUCCAUGAGGCCUGGGGAGGACGAUGGAGAAGGCAGCAGGGAGGAGGGCCGAGAGGACUCCGUUGACCAGGGAAUUGUUAGUUUUGAAGAAGAAGAAAAUAAACAGUCAGAGCCACCGGAGUGAGCGGAAGCGAGCGGGAAGGAUAGGAGAUCGUGUCACAGAAACACUCUGUUAUAGGGCCCUCUGAUGCUAAUCUGUUAUUAAUCUUUUCUUAUCAGUUGUUAAGUAGUGCACGGUACGAAUAAAUGUCUCCCUUCUCCUUUG